AUGGCGGCGGCGGCGGCGAGCGGAGCUGGCGGGGCUGCCGUGGCCGGAGCCGGGGGAGCCGGACCGGCGGGCCGUCUGCUGCCUCCUCCCGCGCCGGGGCCCCCGGCCGCCCCCGCAGCUGUGUCCCCGGCGGCCGGUCCGCCGCGUCCCGCAGCCCCGGCCUCCCGCGGGCCGAUGCCCGCUCGCAUCGGCUACUACGAGAUCGACCGCACCAUCGGCAAGGGCAACUUCGCGGUGGUCAAGCGGGCCACGCACCUCGUCACCAAGGCCAAGGUUGCUAUCAAAAUCAUAGAUAAGAGUCAGCUGGAUGAAGAGAAUUUGAAGAAGAUUUUCCGGGAAGUUCAGAUAAUGAAAAUGCUUUGCCACCCGCAUAUCAUCAGGCUAUACCAGGUUAUGGAGACAGAUCGGAUGAUUUAUCUGGUGACGGAAUAUGCUAGUGGAGGGGAAAUAUUUGACCACCUGGUGGCCCAUGGCAGAAUGGCAGAAAAGGAAGCUCGACGGAAGUUCAAACAGAUUGUCACAGCUGUCUAUUUUUGUCACUGUCGGAACAUUGUCCAUCGUGAUUUAAAAGCUGAAAAUUUGCUUCUGGAUGCCAAUCUGAAUAUCAAGAUAGCAGACUUCGGCUUCAGCAACCUCUUCACCCCUGGGCAGCUGCUGAAGACCUGGUGUGGCAGUCCUCCCUAUGCUGCACCCGAGCUCUUUGAAGGGAAGGAGUACGAUGGGCCCAAAGUGGACAUCUGGAGUCUUGGAGUUGUCCUCUAUGUGCUUGUGUGCGGUGCCCUGCCAUUUGAUGGGAGCACACUGCAGAAUCUGCGGGCCCGGGUGCUGAGUGGAAAGUUCCGCAUCCCAUUUUUUAUGUCCACAGAGUGUGAGCAUUUGAUCCGCCACAUGCUGGUGUUAGACCCCAAUAAACGCCUCUCGAUGGAGCAGAUCUGCAAGCACAAGUGGAUGAAGUUAGGAGGUGCGGAUCCCGAAUUUGACAGGUUAAUAGCUGAAUGCCAGGAACUGAAGGAAGAAACAAAAAUGGAUCCCCUGAAUGAUGAUGUCCUCUUGGCCAUGGAGGACAUGGGACUGGACAAAGAGCGGACACUACAGUCAUUAAGGUCAGAUGCCUAUGAUCACUAUAGUGCAAUCUACAGCCUGCUGUGUGAUCGACAUAAGAGACAUAAAACCCUGCAUCUCGGAGCACUUCCUAGCAUGCCCCGAGCCAUGGCAUUUCAAGCACCAGUCAAUAUCCAGGUGGAGCAGGCAGGAACUACUAUGACCAUCAGUGUCCCCCAGGUGCAGCUGAUCAAUCCAGAGAACCAAAUUGUAGAGCCUGAUGGGCCAGUGAACUUGGACAGUGAUGAGGGUGAAGAGCCUUCUCCUGAAGCUUUGGUUCGCUAUUUGUCAAUGAGGAGGCACACAGUAGGCGUGGCUGACCCACGCACGGAAGUUAUGGAAGACCUGCAGAAGCUCCUACCGGGCUUUCCUGGUGUCAGCCCACAGGCUCCGUUCCUGCAAGUGGCCCCUAACAUGAACUUCAUUCACAACCUGUUGCCCAUGCAAAAUCUGCAACCAACUGGGCAGCUCGAGUACAAGGAACAGUCUCUGUUACAACCGCCCACCCUACAGCUGCUGAAUGGAAUGGGUCCCCUUGGCCGGAGGGCAUCAGAUGGAGGUGCCAACAUCCAACUCCAUGCCCAGCAGCUGCUGAAGCGCCCACGGGGACCUUCCCCACUUGUCACCAUGACACCAGCAGUACCAGCAGUUACCCCCGUGGACGAGGAGAGCUCAGAUGGGGAGCCUGAUCAGGAAGCUGUGCAGAGGUACUUGGCAAAUAGGUCCAAAAGACACACACUGGCCAUGACCAACCCUACAGCUGAGAUCCCGCCGGACCUACAGCGGCAGCUAGGACAGCAACCUUUCCGUUCCCGGGUCUGGCCUCCUCACCUGGUACCUGAUCAGCAUCGCUCCACCUACAAGGACUCCAACACCCUACACCUCCCUACGGAGCGUUUCUCCCCUGUGCGCCGGUUCUCAGAUGGGGCUGCAAGCAUCCAGGCCUUCAAAGCUCACCUGGAAAAAAUGGGCAACAACAGCAGCAUCAAACAGUUGCAGCAGGAGUGUGAGCAGCUGCAGAAGAUGUACGGGGGGCAGAUUGAUGAGAGAACCUUGGAGAAGACCCAGCAGCAGCAUAUGCUGUACCAGCAGGAGCAGCACCAUCAAAUUCUCCAGCAGCAAAUUCAAGAUUCUAUCUGUCCUCCUCAGCCUUCCCCACCACUUCAGGCAGCGUGCGAAAAUCAACCAGCUCUCCUCACCCACCAGCUCCAGAGGUUAAGGAUUCAGCCUUCGAGUCCACCUCCCAACCACCCCAACAACCAUCUCUUCAGGCAGCCAAGUAAUAGUCCUCCCCCUGUGAGCAGUGCCAUGAUCCCACCGCACGGUGCUGCAUCUCCCUCUCAGUUUCAAGGCUUACCUUCUCGUGGUGCAGUCUUCCAGCAGCAGCCUGAAAACUGUUCCCCUCCUCCCAGUGUGGCUCUAACCUGUUUGGGCAUGCAGCAGCCUACCCAGUCACAACAGGUGACCAUCCAAGUACAGGAGCCCAUUGACAUGCUCAACAACAUGCCAGGGACGGCUGCAGGCUCCACCGGGCGGGGUAUCUCCAUCAGUCCCAGUGCUAGUCAGAUCCAGAUGCAGCACCGUACCAACCUGAUGACUACCUUCAGCUAUGGGCACCGGCCCUUGUCCAAGCAGCUGAGUGCUGACAGUGCAGAGGCCCACAGCUUGAACAUGAAUCGGUUCUCCCCUGCUAACUACGACCAGGCGCAUUUACACCCCCAUCUGCUCUCGGACCAGUCCCGGGGGUCCCCCAGCAGCUACAGUCCUUCAACAGGAGUGGGGUUUCCUCCAACCCAAGCCCUGAAAGUCCCUCCACUUGACCAAUUUCCCACCUUCCCUCCCAGUGCACAUCAGCAAACGCCACACUAUGCCACAUCAGCACUACAGCAGGCCCUGCUGUCUCCCACGCCGCCAGACUAUACCAGACACCAGCAGGUGCCCCACAUUCUUCAAGGACUGCUUUCGCCCCGGCAUUCACUCACCGGCCACUCGGACAUCCGGCUACCCCCAGCAGAGUUUGCGCAGCUCAUGAAAAGGCAGCAGCAGCAGCAACGACAGCAGCAGCAACAGCAACAGCAACAGCAAGAGUACCAAGAAUUGUUCAGGCACAUGAACCAAGGGGAUGCUGGGAGCCUUGCUCCUAGCCUCAGGGGACAGAGAAUGACAGAGCGUCAAGCUUUGUCUUAUCAAAAUGCUGACUCAUAUCACCACCACCAUACCAGCCCCCAGCAUCUUCUACAGAUCAGGGCACAAGAAUGUAUCUCACAGGUUUCUUCGCCCACCCUAACCCACGGGUAUGCUCAUCAGCCGGCACUAAUGCAUUCAGAGAGCAUGGAAGAGGACUGCUCAUGUGAGGGUGUCAGGGAGAGCUUCCCAGACAGCAAGAGCUCAAGUACAUUGACCAAAGGUUGCCAUGACAGCCCUCUGCUCUUGAGUACCGGUGGGCCUGGGGACCCUGAGUCUUUGUUGGGAACUGUGAAUCAGGCCCGGGAGCUGGGCAUCAAUCCCUAUGGACACCAGCCAGUUUCUGCCUUCAGUAGAAAUAAGGUGCCCGGCGGAGAGUCUGUCAUAGGGAACUGCAUGGAUAGAAGUUCUCCAGGACAAGCCAUGGAGCUGCCAGAUCACAAUGGACUCGGGUAUCCAGCACGGCCUUCAGUCAGUGAACACCUCAGGCCCCGGACCCUCCAGAGACACCAUACAAUCCAGAACAGUGAUGAUGCUUAUGUGCAGCUGGAUAACUUGCCAGGAAUGAGUCUUGUGGCUGGGAAAGCACUCAGUUCUGCCCGGAUGUCAGAUGCGGUUCUCAGUCAGUCUUCCCUCAUGGGAAGCCAGCAGUUUCAGGAUGGAGAAAGUGAGGAAUGUGGGGUGAGUCUGGGAGGUCACGAGCACCCAGACCUGAGUGAUGGCAGCCAGCAUUUAAACUCCUCUUGCUAUCCAUCUACGUGUAUUACAGACAUCCUGCUCAGCUACAAGCACCCCGAGGUCUCCUUCAGCAUGGAGCAGGCUGGUGUGUAGCAAGAAACAGAGAGUCUCUGUGCAGCUUGGGGAAAAGGCUGAUUUGAAACCAACUAUACCUAGCAGCGUCACUCCACUUUGCCAUUUGUCUUUCUGCCAGAGCAGCGUGGCUGUUCCCCACACUGGGCUCCCCAGUGGCUAUCGUUUGGGUUCUGAGGGGUUUUCUCAUGUUUGCUUGUAUGACCAAGUCACCAAGGAAAUAAACAGGAAACUCAUGUUCUCCAUAUUUUGUGAAACUGUAUUUGGUGUGUUUGAGUUGGUGGUUACUUUUGUUUUGUUUGGGGUAUUUUCUUUUGGAGAUGAUUUUCUUCAGGGGCCAGUCUCGGGCCCCUCCCCUCUGUAGCCUUCAUCCCAAAGUGGUCACUCUGCUCAGUCUGUCAGGAGCAAAUGCUAGGUCAAGACAUCUCUGCAAACUUAGUGCUGAGAAAAGGAGGAGGCAAAGGCAAUGACCUCUGACCCUUGGAGAACAAAAUGAAAGAGAGAAAGUCUGAGCUCAGAACCUGGCACAGACUACUGCUGGGCUCCACUGGAACCCUGUCUGGCCCAGCAAGAUCAUAUCAGAACUUCAGCGCAGAGCCAGAGAGUGACCUGGGCUGCCAGCUGCUAGCUAGGAGGUCUCAGUGGGCCCCUCUUCUGUGAUCUACUAGCUCUCACUAACCUGCACAGCUGGUUGCCAUGCCAUCCUGCUGGCUUCACCUGGGACUGAAUAUCCAGUGGUGGUGUAGUAUGCUUUUUGAGUCACCUUUCAUUCUCCUUUUCUAUAGUGCUGUAAAAAGGACUUCCUUCACAUGUUUGUGCAUAUAUAUGUGUAUAUAGAUAUAUAUGCCCCUUUCAGCCUCUUUGUCAUGGGCAAGAACAGAAGGUUGUUCUGGGUCUUGCCUCUCUGUUAACCUCCUCUUCCCCACUACCCCCAGCCAUCCCUAACCCCUACAUUUUAUUCUUGAUCAUGUAGGAAUUGUUUUUGGUAAAUGUUGAUAUUGUUGUUAUUAUUAUUAAUAAAGACAAAAGGAAUUUUUGUUUAAAAGAGAAAUAUUUAACCAGAUUCUGUUCUGUUUGAAUUGUGACUGGCACCUUUGGUUCCGAGCAUUUUCUCUGGCAUUGUCACUGUGUGCAGCUCUCCCCUGGGCAGUGCCAGAUGCAGUGGCCUCUUCCAGCUGAAGCAAUGCAUACAUAAUAGCUAGUGUUCAUGUCAUGACCUUUCUUUCUUUGCUGUUAGAAACCAAAGUCUUCUCUGCAGCCCAGGGGCUGAAAGAGGGUCUGGGUUCUCUCCUUGUGUCUUCAAAACCAAAAAGAUGGUCCAUAUUCUGACUCUCUAGAAAAGGAGAGUCAGCAGUUCCCAGCCUCUGAAUUUGCACAGAAGGAAGCAUAUGCCCAGUGUGGCAUCUGGAUGGCACCGGCAGGGUCCCCAUAUAGCUUGUCUUCCCCUGACACUGGCAGUUCAGCUCCUGGGCCCACUCUUCCUUGAGUGGAUUUUUUUUUUUUUCAUUGCAAAAACCAUACUAGGAACCUAUCUGCCCCUCCACUUGGUAGAAUCACCAGCUACUCACCAGAAGGGGGCUUACUUCUUGAGAAAACAGAAGAGCUAUUGUUGGCUUCCCUGGGCUUCAUCCAACCUGCCGCCUGACUUGUUUACAUGGUACUGCAUUGAUGGAAAAGCAGACACCACCCUCCAGAGCCACCCAGAAGAAAGCCAAGCGAGCCUACUAACCGUGCCAUCUUGCAAACUACACUUUCAAGAACAUCAUUGCUUUGUAUAGUAACCAAUAUGCACAGUGUAUGUUGAAUGUAUAUGAAGAUACUUUACUAUUUCUGUCCUUUGAAAAUGUCAGAAGUAUUUUUUUUCUUUCUCAUUUCUGUUGGACUAAAAGAUUUAAAAAAAAAUUUUCCAGAGUCAAGUUGCUAAGACCUUUUGUCCUUGUUUAUGUGGGGCAUUUACAACUUAGGAACUUGGUUGGACAAAAAGAGCUUGUGAAAAUAAAAACCUAAUCUGUUCUCAUGCGGA